CCCGGAAGUCAAAACAGAAAAAUGUUGGUGUUAGUACUAGGAGAUCUUCACAUUCCACACAGGUCUAACUACCUGCCUAACAAAUUCAAGAAGCUAUUGGUCCCUGGGAAAAUACAACAUAUCCUGUGUACAGGUAACCUAUGUGCGAAAGAGUCCUAUGAUUAUCUGAAGACAUUGGCCAGUGAUGUACAUGUAGUGAGAGGAGAUUUUGAUGAGAAUUUGAGUUAUCCCGAGCAAAAGGUUGUCACAGUGGGACAGUUCAGGAUUGGUUUGUGCCAUGGCCACCAGGUGGUGCCAUG